AGACUUGGUAAACAAGUAAAAAGGUGCUUGUUGUCAGUGCUCACCCUGCACAGGGAAUUCCAGGGCCGCACCGAUGUGCUGAAGCCUUUCAACUCUGCUUUAUUCCUCCAGCCUCCUUGCACGUGUGCCGCGGGACUGCUGCUCUGACGCCACACACCUUCCGGCGGGACCGCUGCCCUCCCACCGCUGCAUGGCUCGCCGGCAGCUGCACGCGCUGGCGGUGGCGCUGGUGUGGGGCUGCCUGGCGUCCGCCUCCUACCACACCACAGUUGCUCCCCCACAAGACCUUCAGGUCACUGACCCUGGACUCUUAGGGUCUCUCGAUAUAGAGUGGAAACCUCCACCCAACGUACAAACCUUCAAUGAAUGCACAGUAAAAUACAAGUUUGAGUACCGCAACACUGGUGACAGAGACUGGAAGGUUAUUUUUACUAGGAAGCUAAAAUUCAGAGUCGGCUUUGACCUCAGCAGGACUGCUGAAGUGAAGGUACAGACACUGCUCGAAGGACGGUGUACUGAUGACGUGGAGGUGCAAAGCGACUGGAUUUAUGCUACCUUUCAGGUCCCAUUGCAAGGAAAACUGGAAUCAGAGGUUCAGAAUUUCCACUGCAUCUAUCAUGACUGGGAAUACCUCAAGUGCACUUGGCAACCGGGUCUCUUUGCUCCUCACGGCGUACAUUAUGGACUAUAUUAUUGGUACGAGGGGCUGGACCAUGCAGUGCAGUGUGAUGACUAUAUUCAGGAUCAUGGUAUAAACAUCGGCUGCAUGUUGCAAAACCUGAGCCAGGCAGAAUAUAAGGAUUUGAGCAUUUGUGUCAACGGUUCAGCGGCAGCCACGCUGCUACGGCCAUUGUAUGUCACCCUUCGCCUUCACAACCUAGCAAAGCCCUCGCCCCCAAAGCAGCUGGUGGUUUCCGUGUCUGCAUCUGAGGAUCUCCACGUGGCAUGGAGCCCGCCGGGGGGUGAAACGCCGCCCCAGUGCCUGGAGUACGAGGUUCAGCUGGCAGAAGAUCAGGGGGAGGCCAAGGCUGCUUGGGCGGCUGUGUCAACCCAAAUGGAGACCGCUUUAACAAUUUCCAGAGCAAAUCAAAGCCGUAUUUCAUGUGUUCGUGUCAGGGGGAGAACAAAUAUUUUCUGUGCUGACCAGGGCUUUUGGAGUGAAUGGACGCAGGAGUGUUUCUCUGUGUCCAUAAAAGAGGACAAGCAGCUAUUUAUCCUCAUUCCAGUCAUUCUGAGUUUGUCAAGUAGCCUCAUAAUAUGUAUGUUGAUUGGCCAGUGCAAGAAAAGAUCCCCAGCAGAAAAGCCAUUGCAUGCAUCAGUGGGAUGCUAACUCUGCUUGAGACUGCUGUACUGCUCGUGUUUGAUGGAUUGCUGUUAAAACAUCAUCCCAAGGACAGCCAAGAAGCCCUGAGCUUUCUAUAGCCCAUGUGGGUCUUCCCUACUUGCUGCCACCUGUGAGGUUGGUUGCUGCAAUUCAAGUUCUCAACGGGCCCAGGAAAACAUUGGAGGAGUUUUAAACUGACUCUGGAGCAAGCUGUUUCUGAUAACAGGAUCAAGGGAGGAAAAGGAUGCAGUGGAAACUGCCAUGAAUAAAGAUAAUACAUUGUUAUGUGGGUUUGGUUUUGACUUUUUGAAGGCUCUAGAAAUCUGGCAAAAGGACAUCCACUGAAGGGCAGCACCUCACACACAAUGCUAGGUACAAACUUCUGCAUCUAGGCACUGUACCCCACCUCACCCUCACCACGUCUUCCCAGUCCCCAAAUACUCAGCCUGUUGAGAGCACCCAAAUGCUGAAUGUGAGCUACUUGAGCUAUACAUUUCAUUAACUGAUAUGCCUUUUCUGUUGCAAAGCUGAAGAGGGGAGGCCUUGAGAGGAACUUUUGCUGUGAAAAGGCAUGAUCACAGCUACCGCAAAGGACAGAUGCUUCAGAGAAGUGAGAGUUACUCUGGCAAAGGCAGUGUGGGAACCUCUCUAGGAAGCGUGUACUGGUACCAGAAUUCAGCGAAGCACCCAAGAUGUCUCUAAACACCAUGUAUUCAGCUGGUGAAAUUGCUGACUGAUUUUCAAGGAACCAUCCCUUAUGAUUCUAUGAUAAAAAAAAUUAAAAAGUCAGCGCUAGAUGAGACUGUCCUCCAAGCCCAUUCUGUUUUUUUUCUUUUUUGUCAAAGAACUAACCAACUCAAACCCAAAGGUUUAGUGUGCCUUUUUUUCAUCUGAACAACCCUGAAAACAUAUUUUCUUGCAGGAGCAUUUAUUACAAAUGGGGAUUUCUAGUGAACACUGGAAGCUCAGAGAGGAAAUAAAGUUUGCAUCAAUCAGCUUGUAAAGAGCCAUGCUAAUCCAGUCAGGCACAAAAAACACAGCAAGUGCUGUUUUACACACCCAACUGCAAAACUAUUCAAUCACUGUCAGCUGCUUCCACUGUUAAAUGGGCAAGAACCCGAUGUUAUUUGGGGAGCAACCAAAGGAUGAAAGCACCAGGAAAAAAGGGUGUAUGCACAGACUGGAGCAGAAAUGAAUUUUCCUGACUGUUGUUAUCCUCUGACUCUACUGUCUCCUGAGUCUUCUGGCCAGCCAGCAUGGGAUGGCUUUAUGUUUAAAAAUACCUGCAAACACACAACAGGCAUCGAAACACUGUAUUUUACCUUGAUGAAUGCUGCACCUUAGAAUUGGAGAAGGGAGCUGGACUUGCAACACACUGAUCUAACAGAGAAGAUGAAAGGAACCAUGGGAGCAGGAAGGAAGGAGGAAUAAGGCUGCCUUGGCCCAGAAGCAGCCCCCAGCCACAGCUCAGGGAGACCUGGCCUGCAGGCAUCUCCAAAACAUGCUCAGUCAGAGCAAUUCAGGGGAAGGCACAGUUCAUACAAGACGGCAGUUCAUACAAGACGGCAGAUGCAGGAGGCUAGGACAGCAUUUCCUCCUUUGUGCACCCUCUCUCCAGCUGCAGAGUCCCUUUCCUUCCCUCUCUGGUCUCCAGAAGGAUUCUUGCAGCGACAACGGGCACCGUGGCUGUCCCUGGUGUAGAGUGCAAAUAUUUGGCUCUGACUUGCUCUGGUGGCUGGGCUGUGUGCACGUCUCUGCAGAGCGAUGGGCCACCAGGCAGGGCAACCUCUGGGAAGACCAAGCCUAGAUCUCCUGCUCUGCAAGACCAGGAUGAGCAGAGAUGCUCUGCCAAGCUCCCUCUAGAGUUUUCAGGUACUUUCAGGAAUUAGACUUUGGCACAUCCAGAACUGGGUAGCAUUUGGUUUAUGGGUUUUCAGAACUGCCACCAGGGCAACAGUCACUGCACUAAUAAUAAUGGUUAAAACCAGAAAAAGCACCAGAGAAAACUAUUGGAAAGAGUCCCACUGAGAUUUGCCAUUACUGGAAAUAACUCCUGGUAGGCCUCUGAUGUUCUGCCAGCCUCUUAAACAGUUUAAAUGUCUACUAAAACCACAUGAGGGCAUUGUGAACCCCCCCCCCCUCAAGGGAAAAGCAAGGCAGGCAGCUAGAGCCUACCCUGCUGCCCUGGGUACAGCUGAUGCGAUCUCACCCGUUUCACCACACAGGAACACCGGGCAUGGGCAUUUGGAGUGGGCCAAACGGUGCAGCAACCCUGACCUGCUGGAUGGGUUUAAACUGGAUUAAAGUUUCUAGUCUAAUUUUGUCUAAAAAGAAGUAAGAAGGAAAGAAGAAUUAAAGAGAAUGGGGACAGGUAAUAGGUGGUGAUGGAACGAAUGUAUCUCUGCAGCUAGAACUCACCCCAAAAAAGAUGAGAGCUAUUUCAGUAACUAGAAAAUAUAAAAGUUAGGCUGAAGCCUGCCUAGAAACCUGCCUAGUAACAGAGUGAUAAAUUAAGUACAUCUACUUACGGUAUCUGUAUGCUGCAGCUUUCCAGGAGUGUUUAGGUAAGGAAAGCUGGGCUUGGCCCCAGCAUGGGGUUCACCAAACUCACCCCUGCAGCAGCAAGACACCCCCCACCCACUUUCUAACAGCAUCACAUCUGCAGCAUGUGCAAAAUUUAAUCCUAAUAGGUGGCCAGCUGCUAGUCCUUCCUAACAUAACGGACCUUGCUAGAAUUUCAGUAGUAUGCUUUUUUUCCUUUAUUUAUAUAAUUGCACUAAUUAUGUAUUUCUUUCACAUGCUAUUUGCAUUACAGUGGUUUAAUUAAUUUACUGUAGUCCAUAAUUAAUAUUUUCAGUAAAAUACUUUCAUAAUCUCUC